GCAGCACCUGAUAGGAGCGGAGAGCCGUGGGAAGAGGUCCCGCGGCGACCAAGCCUGGGUUCACCCCAAGACUAAGUUCUUUCCAGAGUUAGAAAGGGAGAGAAAGCGAAAGAAGAGAGAAGAGUUCCCCCUUCUCCUCCUCCCUUCCCGUCAUGUCCUCUAAGCCGGAGCCGAAGGACGUCCACCAGCUGAACGGGACUGGCCCUGCUGCCUCACCCUGCCCUUCAGAUGGCCCCGGGCGAGAGCCCUUGGCCGGGACCUCAGAGUUCCUGGGACCUGAUGGGGCUGGGGUAGAGGUGGUGGUGAUUGAGUCUCGCGCCAACGCCAAGGGGGUUCGGGAGGAGGAUGCCCUGCUGGAGAACGGGAGCCAGAGCAAUGAAAGUGACGACGUCAGCACAGACCGUGGCCCCGCACCACCCUCCCCGCUCAAGGAGACCUCCUUUUCCAUCGGGCUGCAAGUGCUGUUUCCCUUCCUUCUGGCAGGCUUUGGGACUGUGGCUGCCGGCAUGGUGCUGGACAUCGUACAGCACUGGGAAGUCUUCCAGAAAGUGACAGAGGUCUUCAUCCUGGUGCCUGCACUGCUGGGGCUUAAGGGGAACCUGGAAAUGACCCUGGCAUCAAGGCUUUCCACCGCAGCCAACAUCGGGCACAUGGACACACCCAAGGAUCUCUGGCGGUUGAUCACUGGGAAUAUGGCCCUCAUCCAGGUGCAGGCCACGGUGGUGGGCUUCCUGGCGUCCAUCGCAGCCGUCGUCUUUGGCUGGAUCCCUGACGGCCACUUCAGUAUCCCACAUGCCUUCCUGCUCUGUGCCAGCAGCGUGGCCACGGCCUUCAUUGCCUCCCUGGUACUGGGCAUGAUCAUGAUUGGAGUCAUCAUUGGCUCUCGCAAGAUUGGAAUCAACCCAGACAAUGUGGCCACACCCAUUGCUGCCAGCCUGGGAGACCUCAUCACCUUGGCACUGCUCUCAGGCAUCAGCUGGGGACUCUACCUGGAGCAAGGUGUCUGGCAAUAUAUCUACCCCCUGGUGUGUGCCUUCUUCGUGGCCCUGCUGCCUGUCUGGGUGGUGCUGGCUCGACGGAGCCCAGCCACAAGGGAGGUGUUGUACUCAGGCUGGGAGCCUGUCAUCAUUGCCAUGGCCAUCAGCAGUGUGGGAGGCCUCAUCUUGGACAAGACUGUCUCAGACCCCAACUUUGCAGGGAUGGCUGUCUUCACACCUGUGAUUAAUGGUGUUGGGGGCAAUCUGGUGGCUGUGCAGGCCAGCCGCAUCUCCACCUUCCUCCACAUGAACGGAAUGCCAGGGGAGAACUCUGGGCAAGCCCCUCGCCGCUGCCCCAGCCCUUGUACCACCUUCUUCAGUCCCGAUGUGAAUUCUCGCUCGGCCCGGGUCCUCUUUCUGCUCGUGGUCCCAGGACACCUGGUGUUCCUCUACACCAUCAGCUGUAUGCAGGGCGGGCACACCACUCUCACACUCAUCUUCAUCAUUUUCUACAUGACAGCUGCGCUGCUCCAGGUGCUGAUUCUCCUGUACAUCGCAGACUGGAUGGUGCACUGGAUGUGGGGCCGGGGCCUGGACCCGGACAACUUCUCCAUCCCGUACUUGACAGCCCUGGGGGACCUGCUUGGCACUGGGCUCCUAGCACUCAGCUUCCAUGUCCUCUGGCUCAUUGGGGACCGAGACACGGAUGUCGGGGACUAAGCCUGGUCACUCGGCCUUCUCUCCACCUCUCUGCACUUUCUGUGUGAAAUUUUUUUCUGGUUUCUCUUCCCCCACCCCACCCCACUCGACACUCCCACCUCUUUCUAGGACUUCACUUUGAUACCGAAUUCUCAUUAUUUUCAAUGGGAAUUUUUAUACAUUGAGCCAAGUUUGUAGAGCAAGAAUUCAGGCAGGACAGAUGGACUGAGAUGAAUAGUACAAGUAGAUUUUUGAGACAAUCACCAAGUGCAAUUUCAUGGUGGGUGCCUCCAGGUGAAGUGGAUUGGGGCAGGGGUUUCCAUCUGGGAUCUGGGGACAUUUGGUUUAGCUUUAGCAAACUCAGCCUCUGUGAGUGGGCUCUGGUUUUGGGGGUUUGUCUUUGUUUUCUUUUUUUCUUUUCGGUUGAACAGAGGGAUAAAUGUCACUCUCCCUUCCCCUCCCACACACACAUACUUUUUCUAGAAAUGGACCAACUUCAAAGCACUAAGCAGGAGACAGCUGCUCCUGGCCCCAAAUAAUCCUAGCCCUAUUCUCUACCCUGCUCUCAAAAAGAAUGAGGUGAACUCCUUAAAUUGUGUACAUGCUCCUUACCCAAUUGCCUGAUAAAUACCACCAGCCCCUCCCUUUGAUCUUUUUUCCAAUUGAUUGCCUCAUCCAGGAAGAUAUGAGCAGUGGCCUGGUCUCCCUGUUGACCCACAUCUACCCAUAGUUUGCCAAGAUCUACAUCCAACCUGGGCCCAGAGAACUGAUGAUCUCUGUUCAACCUUUAUCUCUAAUUGCUUCUAAGCACGACCUUUCCCAGCGCUUGCCGAGUUGGGUUCCAAGAUUAGGGACGGAGAAUGGGUAUGUGAAAAAUGGUUGGGAGGUUGAGGGCAAGCAGGGUUGUUUCACUGCUGCUGAUUCUCCUGAAGACAUAAUCACGUGGUCACCUUAGACCCUGUCACUUCCUGAAAUCGCUCAUUCUUUCAUGCCAUGAAGGUCAGUUUUCCUCUCUCUUGGCUUCUGCCCACAUUCAUCAUUCAUUCACUCAUUCAUUCAUUCAUUCAUUCAGCAAAUACACAGCCUCCCCAAGAGCGGCUCUUCUGCAGGCACGGUCUGAAACAUUUGUUGAGCGCUAUCUAUUGAGUGCCUACUACGUGUUAGGUCCUGUUUGCACAGGCACUGACUAGCCAGCAGUAAGGGAAACACAGCUCUAACCUCGCCUCGUUCCUAGAUAUAAAGGCCAUGUGCCCUUUUCAAUCUGGCAGAGAAAGUUUCCUCGCUGUAUUUCCAUCUUUGUCACCGAGCCAGGUUCCGCCUCUAGAUCCCACUCGGAUCCCACUUGCGCACAACAGUGACCACGGCUAGAGCCCCUAGCCCCAUUGCUCAGCCACUGCUGAUUUCCCUAAACUCCCCUUCCUCACCCUCCCUUCCCCCCAUCUCCUCACCAGCCACCCAAAAGAGGAUUCAGAACUAGAAGGCUAGAUAUCAACCGACUGCUUCCACUUUUCUCUGCCCAGCACAAGACUGGGAGAACACGAGUCUCUGCACCUUCCCCACACGUUACCGUGAACAGAUCAGGAUUCUGUUGUCCACACUCACGUGUACAAAUCUGGGCAUUUGGAUGCAGGUUUUUUCUAGCCUGUCUGCCCACAGCUUUCCCUUAAGCCCUCCGCUCUGUAGCCAAAAGGGCCCAUCUCCAGGGGAAGACUAGGCAGUGACCCUGACUUUUACCACUACCAUGCCUCAUCCCAGGAACUUGCCCUUUUCUUCCAGAGACUUUCCUCUCCCUCCAUUUCCUCCCAGGCCACCUUCCAGAGCCUAGAACCUUAGAAUGGGAAUCGUAGAGGUUAUCUAGCUGGGGUUGUGUCCAGCAGAGUUUAUUAAUACCAGCCUGGCCUUGUUCCUGCUCUUCCUCAGGCCUUUCGUCUUGUCUUCCACCUCCAGACCCAUUUGCACAGACUCUUAUACAGGCACCAAAACCAACUCUUCCGCCCCUGAGGCUGUGCCCCUGUGGUGUACAGUUACCCCUGCCCCAGUCACUCACCGCUUCCUCAUCUCUGGAGUUCAGCCAGGCUGCCCUGGGGGAUUCCGGAGUGUCCUUUGCCACAAAAGCAAGAAGGUAGGCGUGCCCCAACCCCUGAGUGUGUGAGCAGAGGGAGGACUGCGGGGUGAGAGGGAAAGAAAAUGGACUUCAUGACUCAUGGAAGAUCCAUUUCUUUUCCCCUGAUGGCACAAACUGCAUGGACUUGUGGCCCGGCUGUGAGGAGCAACAUUGGUUUACUCGUCUAUCCUUAAAAAGUUACAGAACUGUGUCCUACGACAAUUAUUUAUAGUGACUAUAACUGAAUUGACAAAUGUCAACGUAACUGAUAAAUUAUAUUUGGUAAAAUAAAGAGGACGUUUAUUU